CGGCGGCGGCGGCAGAGCAGCUCUGGCGAGCAGCGUGUUUGGAGCUCGUGGCGGACUCCUUCUCGCGACGCGCUCCGAUCCCGACGCGGAGUUCGGUCGAGCGGCCUGCACCUACGAGAAACGAUGUCGGACACCGCAAACGCCGCCAGCCCGGCCCCGGAAGAGACUACGCAGGCACUAGGGACCGUGUAUGAGGAAGUUAGUUGCAAUGAGGGCCCCCCUGCGUCCAGUAGAAAGUGCCUAAGGGACAUCCAGGAGCAUGAGGAUUCUAUGAUGAAAAUGCAAGUCAUGACGAAGAACUGCGGCAAGCUGACAGUUCACGUCCAGGGAGACAUGGACAACCUCGAGAAAAAAGCUGUCUUCCUGACUGUUCAUGACAUAGGAAAUAACCACUCGUCCUUCCAAGACUUUGUGGAUCACCCGUGCAUGGCCGAGAUCAAGCAGCGAUCCGUCUUUAUACACGUAGACGUGCCUGGACAGGAGGACAACGCCACCGAACUCCCCAGCGAGUUCAACUUUCCGACCAUCCAAAUGAUGGGUGAGGACCUCAUUGCGGUGCUGGACCACUUGAAGAUCAACCUGGUAGUGGGAUUCGGAGAGGGAGCAGGAGCCAACAUUCUGGUCCGGUUUGCGCUUGCCCACCCGUCUAGAGUGCUUGGACUGAUUCUUAUGCACCUGGUGUCAACAGGAGUCGGCAUGAUGGAGUACUUCAAAGAUAAGAUUAUGAACUGGAAACUCCAGAAUGUUGGCAUGAACCCCUCUGCUGAGCAAUACCUCGUUCUUCACAAGUUCGGAGCGCAACUGGAGAUGGUGGACAACAAGGAGCGGCUCAUCUCUGACUACACCGAGAAACUCAAGAAGCAGAUCAACCCACGGAACCUGAAGCGCUACGUGGAGUCUUAUAUGAACCGCAAGGACAUCAGUGGUCUCAUUGAAGCAAACCUCAAGAGCAUGGACGUGCUGCUGGUAACGGGCAGCAAGGCGGCCCACGCACAAGCCGUGCAGAACAUGUACGCUCGCAUGGACAAACAGAAGACGUCGCUGCUCAAGGUGGACGCCGUCGGCGACGUCCUGCAGGAGUCUCCUGAGAAGCUUGCCCAAAGCCUUUUGCUGUUCGUCAAAGGAUUGGGAUUCC